UUCCCAUUGGCCGAGGCUGGAACGCCGAUAUCCGGUUUACGCUUCGGGCCGGCGCGCACGGAAGUAGCCAUGGUGCGGUUCAAGCACAGGUACCUGCUGUGUGAACUGGUGUCCGACGACCCCCGCUGCCGCCUGAGCCUGGAGGACCGAGUCCUGGACGGCCUCGUACGGAACACGAUCACCAGGGUGCACGGGACGUUUGGGGCGGCCGCCUGCUCCAUCGGCUUCGCAGUGAGAUACCUCAAUGCCUAUACUGGAAUAGUGCUGCUUCGAUGCCGGAAGGACUUCUACCAGCUUGUGUGGUCAGCGCUUCCUUUCAUCACCUACUUGGAGAACAAAGGACACCGCUACCCUUGUUUUUUCAACACUCUGCAUGUGGGAGGUACAAUCAGAACGUGUCAGAAGUUCCUGAUUCAGUACAACAGGAGACAGCUGUUGGUCUUACUGCAGAACUGCACUGAUGAAGGAGAGAGGGAAGCUAUCCAGAAGUCUGUCACUAGAAGCUGUAUGCUGGAGGAGGAGCCAGGCAAGGAACUUUCAGAUAGUGACAGUGAGGAGGCUGCUGUGGCCAUGGAGUGAGCCUCUGCCUACCACCCCACUGCACUAGGGGAAGGGUAAGCUUCAGCAGAAUGCUGCUUCCUAACACUGAAGGAGGCUGCACUGUGCCCAGCCUCGGACUCACUUGUUGGAAAUGGGACAUUGUGGGAAGCAGUAGCAGCUCUCCAAACUGCAUGGCUGCCAACCAGAGGACUCAAAAUGGAGGGCUUACUCACUUUAAACAAACUCAUGUCACCUUUGCCCCGGCUACCUAUCCUUCCCUGGAUAAGUGGUUCUGCAGGUUGUGAAGCCCCUGUAAUUAUAGGAAUCUUUGUUAUCUAAUUGCCUGAUGCAGAAUAGGUUUAAUAAAUGUGUUUGGCUUCUGUAGCAUUUUGUGUACUUAAAAUUAAAAAAAGGGCUUAUGGAGUUAACGUCUGGUCAAGUCUCUUUCCCCUCCAUCCCUGGCCUUCUUGGAGACUGGCCUCUGUCCGAUACUUGAAUUUUGAACAUUUGGUCUUCCACCUCCAGUCCCCAGGGCAGGUCCUUAAACAAACCAAGUCACUUAGAAUAGAAGAAUUAGUGCUUUUCUUGGAAAGGAAAAAAAAAAAAACCUGGCCUCAACUGAUCUCUUUACUACAAAGCCAAGUAGCAUCUGUCAACUUCUGGUAGUUUUCUACAGUUCUGACCCUUCCCCAUUGGCUUUCACCUGCCUGGCAUCUGAAAAUAGGUGAGAAUGCCACACUCAGUGUACACAAGUAGGAGGGGCAAGAGAUACGUGAUCAGGUUUGGUCUGCUACCUACUAAUGACACUUCUAGGAUGUCGUCUUCAUAAUCAAAUGGAUGUCACCCAAAGUCUUUAUACAUUUUACAGAAAAAUAGGAUUUUUGCUUCAAUGUGCACCCUUAUCUCAGGACUAGAACACCCUCAUUUCACCUAGGAGAGUUCCUGACCUAGCAUUUCUGAACUUUUAUUAAGAAUGGCAGGUUAAACCUAAGCCCAGCUAGAGCCUUUAGGCCUUAACUAGGAGAGGCAUUAUUAUUCCAUGAGAGCAGCAUUCACUGCUCAAGAUCACAGGUCCCUAUUUAGUAACAUAUUGAAGAAGUAACGUAUCUGACUGACCUGCAAUGAACUCAAAAAACAAAACAAAAGCUCACGUUGCUUGUGCAGGUGAUUUAUUGCAACUAUUUACCUUCACAUUCUAGUACAUCUAGAGAUCACUUCAUUAAGCAGCAAAAGAAUUCACAUCGCUCAAAUUCAGCUCAAACCAAGGGAUAAGACGACUGCUCUGGACAACAGGGAGGUAGUGGGCAACCCUGCUGAUCCUAAGCCUACCCUGCUCUGCCUCCAGGUGCAACAGAUUUCUCUGCUCCUACAACUAGGACCGCUGUCACUGGAAACAAAUUUGAUCCACUGACUGAGGGGUCCCAGGGCUUCCUUAGUUAUGGACAGUUACAGCUUUCCUUCCUGGACUACCAACAGGCCACAUUCAAGCAGCAAAUCAUCCCCCACACACACAAGUGCCAAGGACAACCUAUUCCUCGAAACUGGCAACUGAGGUCUGGCACCACAGUCUGGCCAUUUGUCAGAAGGAAAACUGAAAUUCAAGCUGGGUGUCCUAAAUCCGUUUUACUCCGUUUCUUUAAUAGGAAAAAACUGAACAGGUAGAAAAGGUUUAACUAUUUUUAAAGGACAAACUGACAGGUGUGCUAAAACCAUGGUGCCCU